AGAAUGUUCAUUGGAUUCGGAUUAAAAGUGGUGGGAGAUGCAGAAGGUAUAAAUAGAGAUUCAUUGCAAGACUGCGCCAGAUUAAUGAAAUAAUUGAUAAAGUUCAGUAUAACAUUUGAAGAAGUUAUUGUGAAAAGUGAGGAAAAAAUAUAGUCAGAAUGCAGAUCUUUGUGAAGACUUUGACCGGAAAAACCAUAACCUUAGAGGUUGAACCCUCAGACACUAUUGAGAAUGUGAAGGCUAAAAUCCAGGAUAAAGAAGGAAUUCCCCCAGACCAACAGAGAUUGAUCUUUGCAGGAAAACAGCUGGAAGAUGGUCGCACCCUAUCAGAUUACAAUAUUCAGAAAGAAUCUACCCUUCACUUGGUACUCCGUCUUAGAGGUGGUAUGCAAAUCUUUGUCAAGACUUUGACUGGAAAGACCAUCACACUUGAAGUUGAACCAUCAGAUACCAUUGAAAAUGUAAAAGCUAAAAUCCAGGAUAAAGAAGGAAUUCCCCCAGACCAGCAGAGAUUGAUCUUUGCAGGAAAACAGCUGGAAGAUGGUCGCACCCUAUCAGAUUACAACAUUCAGAAAGAAUCUACCCUUCACUUGGUACUCCGUCUCAGAGGUGGUAUGCAAAUCUUUGUCAAGACUCUAACUGGAAAGACCAUCACACUUGAAGUUGAGCCCUCUGAUACUAUUGAGAAUGUCAAAGCUAAAAUCCAAGACAAAGAAGGAAUUCCCCCAGACCAGCAGAGAUUGAUCUUUGCAGGAAAGCAGUUGGAAGAUGGUCGUACCCUAUCAGAUUACAACAUUCAGAAAGAAUCUACCCUUCACUUGGUACUCCGUCUCAGAGGUGGUAUGCAAAUCUUUGUCAAGACUCUAACUGGAAAGACCAUCACACUUGAAGUUGAGCCCUCUGAUACUAUUGAGAAUGUCAAAGCUAAAAUCCAAGACAAAGAAGGAAUUCCCCCAGACCAGCAGAGAUUGAUCUUCGCAGGAAAGCAGUUGGAAGAUGGUCGUACCCUAUCAGAUUACAACAUUCAGAAAGAAUCUACCCUUCACUUGGUACUCCGUCUUAGAGGUGGUAUGCAAAUCUUUGUCAAGACUCUAACUGGAAAGACCAUCACACUUGAAGUUGAGCCCUCUGAUACUAUUGAGAAUGUCAAAGCUAAAAUCCAAGACAAAGAAGGAAUUCCCCCAGACCAGCAGAGAUUGAUCUUCGCAGGAAAGCAGUUGGAAGAUGGUCGUACCCUAUCAGAUUACAACAUUCAGAAAGAAUCUACCCUUCACUUGGUACUCCGUCUCAGAGGUGGUAUGCAAAUCUUUGUUAAGACUCUGACUGGAAAGACCAUCACCCUUGAAGUCGAGCCCUCUGAUACUAUUGAAAACGUCAAAGCUAAAAUCCAGGACAAAGAAGGAAUUCCCCCAGACCAGCAGAGAUUGAUCUUUGCAGGAAAGCAGUUGGAAGAUGGUCGUACCCUAUCAGAUUACAACAUUCAGAAAGAAUCUACCCUUCACUUGGUACUCCGUCUUAGAGGUGGUAUGCAAAUAUUUGUCAAGACUCUGACUGGAAAGACCAUCACCCUUGAAGUCGAGCCCUCUGAUACUAUUGAAAACGUCAAAGCUAAAAUCCAGGACAAAGAAGGAAUUCCCCCAGACCAGCAGAGAUUGAUAUUCGCAGGAAAGCAGUUGGAAGAUGGUCGUACUCUUUCAGAUUAUAACAUUCAGAAAGAAUCCACUCUCCACUUGGUACUCCGUCUUAGAGGUGGUAUGCAAAUCUUUGUCAAGACUUUGACUGGAAAGACCAUCACACUUGAAGUUGAACCAUCAGAUACCAUUGAAAAUGUAAAAGCUAAAAUCCAGGAUAAAGAAGGAAUUCCCCCAGACCAACAGAGAUUGAUCUUUGCAGGAAAACAGCUGGAAGAUGGUCGCACCCUAUCAGAUUACAAUAUUCAGAAAGAAUCUACCCUUCACUUGGUACUCCGUCUUAGAGGUGGUAUGCAAAUCUUUGUCAAGACACUGACUGGAAAGACCAUCACACUUGAAGUUGAACCAUCAGAUACCAUUGAAAAUGUGAAAGCUAAAAUCCAGGAUAAAGAAGGAAUUCCCCCAGACCAGCAGAGAUUGAUUUUUGCAGGAAAACAGCUGGAAGAUGGUCGCACCCUAUCAGAUUACAACAUCCAGAAAGAAUCUACCCUUCACUUAGUACUCCGUCUCAGAGGUGGUAUGCAAAUCUUUGUCAAGACACUGACUGGAAAGACCAUCACUCUUGAAGUCGAGCCCUCUGAUACUAUUGAGAAUGUUAAAGCGAAAAUCCAAGACAAAGAAGGAAUUCCACCAGACCAACAAAGGUUGAUCUUUGCUGGCAAGCAACUAGAAGAUGGUCGCACUCUUUCAGACUACAACAUUCAGAAAGAAUCCACUCUUCACUUGGUUCUUCGUCUUAGAGGUGGUAUGCAGAUAUUCGUAAAAACUUUGACAGGCAAAACCAUUACUUUGGAAGUAGAACCUUCAGACACAAUUGAGAAUGUGAAAGCUAAAAUUCAGGACAAGGAAGGAAUUCCCCCAGACCAGCAGAGAUUGAUCUUCGCUGGAAAACAAUUAGAAGAUGGUCGCACACUAUCAGAUUAUAACAUUCAGAAAGAAUCUACCCUUCACUUGGUACUUCGUCUUAGAGGUGGAAUGCAAAUCUUCGUCAAGACUCUGACAGGAAAAACCAUUACAUUAGAGGUAGAGCCAUCAGAUACUAUUGAAAAUGUAAAGGCCAAAAUCCAAGAUAAAGAAGGAAUUCCACCAGACCAACAAAGAUUGAUCUUUGCUGGCAAACAACUAGAAGAUGGUCGCACUCUCUCAGAUUACAACAUUCAGAAAGAAUCCACUCUUCACUUGGUUCUUCGUCUACGUGGUGGUAUGCAGAUAUUCGUAAAAACUUUGACAGGCAAAACUAUUACUUUGGAAGUAGAACCUUCAGACACAAUUGAAAAUGUGAAAGCUAAAAUUCAGGACAAGGAAGGAAUUCCUCCAGAUCAACAAAGAUUGAUCUUCGCUGGCAAACAAUUAGAAGAUGGUCGCACUCUCUCAGACUACAAUAUUCAAAAGGAAUCUACUCUGCAUUUAGUUCUGCGUCUUCGUGGAGGACAUUGAAAUAUUUAGAAAUCCUGCUAUAUAAAUGUAAUUAUGCUAAGUAUGCAAAGCUAAAGGCUGUAUUGAAAUUUUUCAAAUAAAUCUCUCAAAUUGUCGGUGAUAUAUUAUAGUAAAGAAUUAUGAUUGAAA